CUUCAUUUGCAGGGCUUUGACGCCUCGUACUGGAAUAUUCAAGGCCCUGGUGUGCCUGAAGACCAGUAUUCAUACGUCUAUGCUGCAGCCGAACAAGGUAUCAGCACGUUCCGAUACGAUCGCCUCGGCACCGGAGAUUCGGAGAAGCCAAUCGAUGGGGUCAAUGUCGUGCAAGGUCAGACGGAAGUGGGCAUCCUGCUCUCAUUUCUCAACUCGAUUAAAAACUCCGAUGUGAUCGGUGGCCAGAAAUGGAACAAGACGUUGCUCGUGGGACACUCUUACGGCUCGGCCCAAUCGAAUGCUGCGUCUCUGUCACGCCCAGACCUGAUAGACGGGCUCAUCUUGACUGGCUUCACCACAUUCCAAGAAGGACUCGGCUACUACGUCUUGUCCGCGAAUUACGAACAGGCUUCUUUAAUCUUCCCGGAGCGUUUGGCGAACGCUACAAGCAACUACCUCGUGACCGCAACGCCAUACUCGGCUCAAAUUAACUUCAACGUCCCUGCCUAUGUGACGAACGACGCUGUUGCACUCGUCCGAAGCACCGAGCAGCCAGUCACUCAGGGAGCGUUCUUCACCUUAGGCAGCCUGGUGGGGCCUAGCAACUUCACUGGUCCGGUACAAGUGCUUACGAGCGACAAUGACUUCGUCUUCACUUUCCGUUCAUCGAAUGCGACCAACAUCGUCGCAGAAACGGCUACGAGCCUUUAUCCUCAAUCAAAAAAUGCCACGUUCUACGUCCCGAAAGGCCCUGGUCACGGCCUAAAUUACCACGUGCAGGCUCCGCAAAUCUACCAGGAAAUGCUCUCCUUCGCUUCGGCGAACGACCUCGCUUGA